AAUUUGGGAUGUUGAAUAGCGGAGUACUUCAUGUUUCCAGAUCAUUCAUCGACUGCAACUAGCCUCGGUAAGAACACACAGCAAACCUGACUUGAAGAUCGUCAUCAUGGCUUUCCGUAAGAUUUCGUGCGUGAUGUUCUUUCUGGUCCUCGGUUUAGUAUCCGCGGAUGACUGUCCACCGUUCUGGACACGCUACGGUAACUACUGCUACCGUUUCUUCGGUCCUCCCAAGACCUGGCAAUCGGCCGAAGAGCACUGCCGAGAGUUCUUCACCCGAAACGGCCAGGGGCACCUUGCGUCCGUUCACAGCUCAGGGGAAAACAACUUCCUGCUCCAGAUGUGGAGUUCCUCUCUGCUACCAAAGGAGGGAAUUGUGGCUGCUGCCAUCUGGAUUGGGCACAGCGACCUGGCUAAUGAAGGACAAUUCACCUGGAGUGACGGGACGAGCUUUGACUACAACGGCGGGUGGCGUACUGGCCAACCGAACGACUCUGGACAAGGCGAGGACUGCGGCUCUAUCUAUAGGACCACCCAGCAGGUUGGAUGGAAUGAUGGACCAUGCGGUUCGGCCCACCCAUACCUUUGCAAGAUGCCCUCAUAUUAGAACAGAGAGCAGUAAAGGGGUAAACAACCGCUAUUCUCAAAUGUUAAAACAAUAACUAUAGCCUGUUAUCAUAAUCAGGCGGAAUCACUGACUUGCAAAGACAAUGACGAACAAAUCACUGGGUCUUAUGAACUAUUCAUGGGAUAUUUUAGCCUGGCUUUGUGUGCACUACGACAACAUGACAUUUAGGUGACGAUUUCGUUUUAAUCGGAUAUUGGUCUUGGUUGCGAAACAUCAACUUUAAGCCGACACACCCACAUCGAAAACUGGAUGAAUGACUGCAUGAUGUUCUCCGAAUGAUCAUAACGCUUUCCAAACAUUCCUUCGAACCAUGUCACAAAAUAGUUGACUAUCGUCACCGCAUUUUUGAAUGAAGGUAAUUUCAGUAAAUUCGGUGCAUGAUGAUCAUGUUUCAUAAACACUUCUGAUCGCAUCGUUGUACACUGAAUUUUGUUUGUACUAUAGCAUUAACCCCCCUGACUCUUUGGAUCUGAUACAGUGGCAAAAAAAGACUGAAGAUACAAGUUUCGAGAGCCUCAGAUCAGCGACACUGCAAGUUCAUUUCUUAAUAAUUUCCAAUUGCUUUUAUAGCUUUCAUGUGAAUUGGCUUUUAAAAAUUGCAUUGAUAUGACUUUGCUCGAUUUCAAGACGAUUUGAUAAGAAAAUCAAAUAUCUUUAAACAGCGCAUGUAGGCAUAUAGCUGGCCCUGCAUAUUGAACUAGCUUUUGAAGUACGCUUGCCGCAGUAGGUAAUGCAAGUAUUGCACGAUAUAGUGACAGUAAAACUCUGUAUACAAGCCUGCAUUAAAAUAAGGAACAAGUUAUGAAAUAUGUAAUGUCUUCAAUCUUCAACAAAUAUUAUACAUACAUGUAGUUAUUGGUUCUACUCGGUUGAUGUACUGGCAAAGUCGCUUGGGAGAGCCCCUUGCAACGAUUAACCCCAGUGUUCACAGUUCACACAAGAAAAGUUUAAUAAGUAUUAAAGACACUUUAAUAUUGCGUGAGUUUUAUUCCAACUUCCAAAACGUCUGAACCAGCAGACUUGUAUAUCAAAAAGUACCCAAAAGAAUGCCUUGCACAAUUUAUAUUAUACUUAUAAUCAUUGUAACCUGAUGGGAAUUUGAAUCAUUGUAAUCAGUAUUCUUGGCAGUAUCACCAGUUUCUGAAGGUGUGAUUAUGUAAGUCAAUGAAAUGAAAAUUCAAGGCAGAACAUGCCUUCAAAGUUUCUAGAAAACAGCCUAAUAGUGCAUGAGGAAUACAUUUCGAUUUGAUCUGGAUACAAAUGAGAUUUAAACGUUCCUACUUCCAAGACAAACUUUAUACUCAUUUCGACUGAGAUUUAUAAUCUAAUAUAAUCUGUGAAGACUUGUACUGAAAAUGUAUUAAUUAAAGCAAAUCACUUCAUAUAGCCCUUUA